AUGGCACCAUCCAACUCUAAUUCACCUGGCGAUAGGCCAUACCAAUGUGAAAUGUGCGGAAACAGAUUCCAUAGGUUAGAACACAAAACAAGACAUAUACGAACACAUACAGGUGAAAAGCCUUUUGCAUGCGCCAUCCCGGGCUGCAGUAAAAGUUUCAGUCGAAACGAUGAACUAAAAAGACAUACAAAGACACAUUUUAAGCCAAGGACAAGAAAGACAAGGUCUUCCAAGACGCAGUCGAAGUCAACUAGCCAUGUAAAUCUUUCUCAGUUGACUGACUCCACAAGUGAUAAAAUAUCUCUUCCACAACCUAUAUUACCUACGCUGAUACCAGAUAACUAUACGGGACCAACAAUGGUACCAGUACCCUAUCACUUGCAGAAAUCUAUAUAUCUGGAUGUUGAAAAACAAGUCAACCUAGCUCCUAUCUCCCAGAACUCUAGCACAAGCUCUUUGAACACUAUAUUCACAGAAAGUAGCGAUAUUGGAUCUUCAAGAGUAAGCAGCCUAACAAAUUCACCAAACCUGAGUUCCUCUUCACUUCAUGAGGACCAUUACCUCCGGACGAGUUCUAGUAAGAAUCUUCUCACAGCAUUAAGCUCUUUACAAGGAAUGACCCCAAUAAGAAAAAUAAACUCAUUUCAGGACCUCUCUUGUUCACAGGAUAACUUGGCUGGAAGAAGAAGCGACAGUUGUAUAUCAAUUUCAUCAUUGCUUAAUCCGGAAAACUAA